AUGUCUUCUCGACACAUUGCUUUCCUUGGCGCUUCCACUGGCGUUGGUCUUGGCGCUCUCAAGCACUCCCUGAAAGCCGGCCAUCAGUGCGUCGCCCUCUGCCGCGAGCCGAAGAAGCUCGACGACCUCCAGGCCCCCAACCUCAAGGUUGUAAAGGGCAACGCCCACGACCUGGCCAUUGUCUCCCGGCUCAUCACCGCGCCCAACGGCACCUUUGUCGACGAAAUCAUCACCACUAUUGGCGGCAAAUUCUCCACGGCCAAGAUGGGCAUCGACCAGCCCCAGGUCUGCGAACUCGGCAUGGACACGCUGGUCGCCGCCAUCACCGCCCUCCGCAAAGCCGGCGUCACGGGCGCGCCGCACAUUGUCGCCUGCAGCAGCACCGGCGUGUCCAAGUUUGGCCGCGACCUGCCGGUGCUCAUGCUGCCGCUGUACAUGGCCCUCAAGGGCCCGCACGCGGACAAGGUCAAGAUGGAGGAGAAGCUGCUCGCGAGCGGCGAGCAGUUUACCGUGGUGCGCCCCAGCCUGCUCACCAACGGCGAGUCGGAGACGGUGGUCCGCGCCGGCAUUGAGGACCCCAAGACGGGCUUCGAGUCCAAGGCGAUUGGCUACACAAUCUCCCGCGAGGAUGCGGGCAAGUGGAUUGCCAGGAACCUGGUGCAGGACAUGGAUGCGGCUUAUAUGGAUAAGAUGGUCGUUAUUACAUACUAG